AUCUGAGUAUAUGUGUGGCGAACGUGGAGGAGCGCAGCGCAGAGGAGGAGCUGCCAAACCAGAAAUUCUGACAGAACAGAGUGACAGCAGAGCGGAGCGGAGUGCAGAAGAGCGUCGGUAGCAAAUCAUCACUUCUCUGUUUGUGGAUUUACUCCGUCUCGGGCACUGCACGCAUAGGAGCGCCAGUGCGUGAAACAAAAUGGGAAAUCUCUUUAGCCCUUAGAAGACCGUGUGACUGGGUAUGAGUUAAAGUGAAAACUUUGGAGCAUCUGAAAUGAUGAACUCCACCGCGGCACCGGGCAGGUUCCCGCCGCCGACUAUCCCAUCCAUAAUGUUCAUUUUUGGGGUAGCGGGUAACGUCAUUGCCAUCGUUGUGCUCCGCAUAUCCCGUAAGGAGCAAAAGGAGACGACUUUCUACACGCUGGUGUGCGGGUUGGCAGUCACCGACCUGUUGGGUACGCUGCUCGUCAGCCCCGUUACCAUAGCCACAUAUAUGAAGGGCGCGUGGCCCGGAAAGGAGCCUUUGUGCCAAUAUUACGCAUUUAUUUUGCUCUUCUUCUUCUUGGUGCAGUUGGGUAUCGUGUUUGCUAUGUCUGUUGAGCGGUACCUGGCCAUCAACCACGCAUUAUACUACAACCAAUACGUCAACCAAAAAGUGGCUGCGGUCACUCUUUUGGCCAUUUACAUGUUUAGUGCACUCGUGUGCUCAAUGCCCUGUUUGGGACUGGGACAAGUCAAGGUGCAGGUACCGGGGACAUGGUGCUUUAUAGACUGGCACAGUAAUCACACCUCCACUGCUACUUACAACUUAGUUUACGCUGGACUAAACUCGGUGAUAGUGCUGGCUACUGUCAUCUGUAAUGUACUUGUGUGUGGGGCCCUCAUCGUUAUGCACCGGCGCUUCAUCCGUCGCACAUCUCUGGGCGCAGACCCAAGGCGCGCAGCUGAGAUCAGGAGCAGCAGAAGGAGCUUUCGCAGACUGGCCGGAGCUGAGAUUCAAAUGGUGAUCCUCCUCAUAGCCACAUCUGCGGUGGUUUUGAUCUGCUCUAUACCUUUAGUGGUCGGGAUCUUUAAAAAUCAGAUGCACCAAAAAGAGAAUCCUCCCUUCGACCUUCUGGCCGUGCGAAUGGCAUCCAUCAAUCCGAUUCUGGAUCCCUGGGUCUACAUACUACUGCGGAAGACUGUGUUUCUCAAACUCAUGAAGAAAAUAAAGUGUGUGUUCUGUAAAAUGGGGGGCCGUGGCCGCAGAGGUGGUAGGUUUCACUGUGCGGACGGACACCUCUCUUCCUCCAUUGUCUCCCGGGACUCUCCGUCUCUAGUGACCCGUGACCUUCAGGAGUUUGCUUGCACCUCACAGAUAUGCUUGCACUCCCUGGAAAGGACAUCACUGCACUCAUGCUCUGGAGGGACAGCAGGACACUCAGGUUCAUCAACGUGUUCACCAACAGCCAUAGAGGCUGGUGCUGUGGAGGAGGUCAGGAGGGUUAGGAGGGGGCACACAGAGGACACAUUCCACAUAAAGGAAGUUCCUGUUGACCCUGUGCUGCAUGUCACCUUUACAAAUGAGUCCAACAACAUGCAGGAAAAGUGCAUCUAGCGUCAUAGUAUUCAUCAGAAUAUUGAUGAAAGUUCUGUUUGUAUGGUGUUUAUGAAGUUUUAAAAUAAAACAGUGUCUCUUCUCAGUGAGAAGGUCUUAAGGGCCAGUAACAAAGUGGUGAAAUAGGCAGCUACUGCACUUGGUGAUAUGGUGUAUCGUAUCAUUUUCAGUGUUACACUAUUUUGCUGUUCUGCUCUUUUAAUGUAAUGUGAAUAGCCAAUUGUUCCGCUUUACCCUUUACGAUCUAAUGUGACAUAAUUCUAUAUCUAGUAAUUUACCAAAACCUGUAAACCAGUUGAGAUUAUGGUACAACAUGGUUAAUUAAAGUGAGUAAACAAA